UCUGAUCACCUGCAACCUGCAAGCAUUGUUACUCCAUUUUAAUCCAACAUGAGACCUUUGAUUAUGCUACGACUGCGUUCCUAAUUGGUGUGUACUAUGUAUCCCUAGUGUACAUCUAUCCCCAAUGGUAAAGAAAAGAAAUUGUUCAUGCAGGAAACAGGAAGUUUCAGACGAGAGGAUGAAGCAAUUAGGCAGAAUCAUCUGCCAGAGGAGAUUUUCUACCUCUGAUAGAGCUCUGAAAUUUCAGAGGGAGAUGAAGAAAAUCGUAAAGCUUGCAAAUUUCCGAUGCCCGUUAAAGAGAGAAGCGCAACUCAGGUAGCUGCAGCAAUGUUCCUCAGAAGAUUGGCCAAAGGAGAAUGGAAAGAGGAGAAAAAUCAGGCCUUGAAUCUUCUCUUAUUCCAAGCCAAGAACUUGAUGAAGAAGAAGAAGAAGAAGAAGAAGAAGAAUUAUGUAAACAAAACUGCUGCAGAGGGGAUUUUAUUGAAGAAGCCAAGAAGCAACUAUGGCUUGCAGGGCCACUUAUAGCAGUUAGUAUGCUGCAGUAUUGCUUACAAGUAAUAUCUGUUAUGUUUGUUGGGCAUCUUGGUGAGCUUGCUCUUUCUAGUGCUUCCAUGGCAUCCUCCUUUGGUUCAGUGACUGGAUUCAGUGUAUUGCUAGGAAUGGGAAGUGCAUUGGAGACACUUUGUGGGCAAGCCUAUGGAGCAAAACAAUACCACAUGCUUGGAAUUCACACACAAAGGGCAAUGCUAACUCUCCUAGCACUAAGCAUUCCCUUGGCAAUCAUCUGGUUUUACACUAGCACCAUCCUUAUAUUUGUAGGCCAAGAUCAUGAGAUAUCAACUGGAGCAGGAAUAUUCAAUCGCUGGAUGAUUCCUAGCCUUUUUGCCUUUGCCUUGCUGCAAUGUCUAAACAGAUUUCUACAAACUCAAAAUAAUGUUUUUCCUAUGAUGGUCAGCUCUGGGAUCACAGCAUCUUUGCACAUUCUUAUAUGUUGGGUUCUUGUUUUCAAGUCUGGACUUGGAAGCAAAGGAGCUGCAAUGGCAAUUACCAUUUCUUAUUGGAUUAAUGUGUUCUUAUUAGCACUUUAUAUAAAGUUCUCUCCAGCUUGUAUGAAGACUUGGACAGGGUUUUCAAGAGAAGCAUUGCAUGAUAUCCUCAGCUUUGUAAAGCUUGCAGUUCCAUCAGCAAUCAUGAUAUGCUUGGAAUAUUGGUCUUUUGAAAUGGUGGUUCUCUUGUCUGGUCUUCUCCCAAAUCCCAAACUGGAGACGUCUGUACUAUCAAUAAGCCUUAACACAUGUUGGAUGGUCUAUAUGAUCUCUGUUGGACUUGGUGGUGCAAUAAGUACAAGAGUAUCAAAUGAACUGGGGGCAGGGCACCCACAAGGUGCGCGUCUGGCUCUCUGUGUCAUGAUCAUCAUAGCACUCUCAGAGGGUACAGUGGUUGGAAUCAGUACAAUUUUGGUACGAAGAGAAUGGGGAAAGCUCUACAGUAAUGAAGAAGAGGUGAUCAAAUAUGUAGCUAAUAUGAUGCCUCUAUUAGCACUUUCUGAUUUCUUGGAUGGAUUCCAAUGUGUGCUCUCAGGUGCUGCUAGAGGAUGUGGAUGGCAGAAAUUAUGUGCAUUUAUCAAUCUUGGGGCUUAUUAUGUUGUAGCAAUCCCUUGUGCUUUGCUCUUUGCUUUUAUCUUGCAUAUUGGAGGCAUGGGACUUUGGAUGGGAAUCAUAUGUGGGCUCUUAGUACAAGUUGUGGCACUUGUUACAGUAAAUGCAUGCACUAAUUGGGAUCAAGAAGCAGAAAAAGCCAUGCAUAGAGUUGGGGAAACUAGCAGUGCUGAUGUGGGAGUAUGGAAAAACUAAGUUGAAGGGAGAAUCACCCCAAGAUGGAAUCAAAAAAUAAUAAUUAUAUUUUCACUGUCAGCAAAUAAAACUUUUUUUAAUGUUCAUAUUAUUUAUUUACUUAUUUGUUAUUUUGCAACGGGUACAACUUAGAUUUAUAAUAUUUUGAGAGAUUCAAUUUCUUGAACA